AUGGCGGCACUGAGGCUUCUGGCAUGGGCGCUCCCGCGCGGGGUCUCCAUCCACCGCCCACGGCCCGUGCUGCCCCACCGCCUUGCCCUCCGCUUUGCUAGCGACCGCAGCGGACGCGUCCACUUCUACACGGAUCCGGUGAAGGCUGUGGAGGGCAUCAAGGACGGGGCGACCGUCAUGCUCGGGGGCUUUGGGCUCUGUGGCAUCCCCGAGAACCUGAUCGGCGCGCUGAAGACCAAGGGCGUGAAGGACCUGAAGAUCGUCAGCAGCAACGUGGGCGUGGAUGACUUCGGCCUGGGCAUCUUGCUAGCCUCCAAGCAGGUCAGGCGCGUGGUGUGCUCAUACCUGGGGGAGAAUCAGCUGUGCGAGCAGCUGUACCUGGCAGGAGAGCUGGACCUGGAGAUGACGCCCCAGGGCACCCUGGCCGAGCGCAUCCGUGCAGGUGGCGCUGGUGUGCCCGCCUUCUACACGCCUACGGGCUACGGCACGCUGGUGCAGGAAGGGGGCGCCCCGAUCCGGUACUCGCCCGAAGGUCACCUGGUCACCCUGAGCCAACCGCGGGAGGUGCGCGAGUUCGGAGGCCGCCACUACCUUCUGGAGCACGCCAUCCGCGCAGACUUUGCCCUGAUCAAGGGCUGGAAGGCGGACCGCUCAGGCAACGUGAUCUUCAGGGGCAGCGCGCGCAACUUCAACGUGCCCAUGUGCAAGGCCGCUGACAUCUCGGUGGUGGAGGUGGAGGAGAUCGUGGAUGUGGGCUCUUUCCGCCCGGAGGACAUCCACAUCCCCAACAUCUACGUGAACCGUGUGAUCAAGGGGCCGAAGUUCGAGAAGCGCAUCGAACGCCUGACCACACGUGACAGUCAGCCAACGUCCAUGAGCAAGCAACAGGACACCUCCAGGACGCGCAUCAUCAAGCGCGCUGCUCUCGAGUUUGAGGACGGCAUGUAUGCCAAUCUGGGCAUCGGAAUCCCUCUCCUGGCCAGCAACUUCAUCAGCCCCAAGAUGAAGGUCUACCUACACAGUGAAAACGGGAUCCUGGGCUUGGGCCCGUUCCCCUCGAAAAAUGAAGUGGAUGCCGACAUCAUCAACGCGGGCAAGCAGACGGUGACCAUAGUCCCUGGGGGCUGUUUCUUCGCCAGCGAUGACUCUUUUGCCAUGAUCCGCGGGGGACACAUUCAACUGACCAUGCUCGGUGCCAUGCAGGUUUCUAAAUACGGUGACCUGGCCAACUGGAUGGUGCCAGGCAAGAAGGUGAAGGGCAUGGGCGGGGCCAUGGACUUGGUGUCGGGUGACAAGACCAAAGUGGUGGUCACCAUGGAGCACUGCACCAAGAAAAAGCAGCCCAAAAUCUUGGACAAAUGCACCAUGCCCCUGACCGGCAAGCGCUGCGUGGAUCUCAUCAUCACCGAAAAGGCCGUGUUUGAUGUGGACCCGAGGAAGGGGCUGACUCUGAUUGAGCUGUGGGAGGGCUCGUCGGUGGACGAGGUCAAGGCCACCACAGGCUGCGCCUUUAAGGUGUCCCCCAACCUCAAGCCCAUGCAGCAGAUCAAACCUGAUGCUUGAGGAGCCCUGGCCCUUCCCACCAGGGCUGAGUUGUGAAGGAGUUAGUGACCACUGGCUCCUCAGGCUUCCUGCUGCCAGAUGGUAUCUUCUCAAGAGCCGAGUGAUUUUAAUUAAAAACCCUAAUCUGA